GCUAGGGGCAACGCGCACACUGAGGCCUGGCCAAAGAGUAUUCAAAUGAAACUUUAUUUAUAAGGCACAUUGCACUCUAGUGAAUGAAUCUCAGAACGAGGCUGCGUAUGCGGAAGUGUGCCUUUCCCGCGGCAGUGUCUCCUGGGCACACGUGUGUAUCAUGGCGGGGAUUCCACCGGACAACUGGCGGCCGGUCACCGUCUGCCUGGACACGAGUAUGGGCGCCAUCACGGUGGAGCUGUACUGGGACCAUGCCCACCGGACCUGUAUGAACUUCUCGGAGCUCGCCCGGCGCGGCUACUAUAACGGGACCAAGUUUCAUCGCGUCAUCAAGGACUUUAUGGUCCAAGGCGGGGACCCCACGGGCACCGGGCGAGGAGGCGGCUCCAUAUAUGACGGGAAGCACUUCGCUGAUGAGCUCCAUCCGGAGCUGAAGUUCACCGGGGCCGGUAUCCUCGCCAUGGCCAACUCCGGGCCUGACACCAAUGGCAGCCAGUUUUUCCUCACCCUGGCCCCGUGUCAGUGGCUGGACGGGAAGCACACGAUAUUCGGGCGGGUGUGCCAGGGCAUCGGUACCCUCAACAGGCUUGGCAUGGUGGAGACCGAUAGCCAGGACCGACCGCUGGACGAGGUGAAGAUCCUCCGAGCCUAUCCACAGGGAUGAUCGAGCCCGGGCCCCUGGAAUCUAUGGGAUGGGGCCCCUGGAGUCUAUGGGAUGGGGCCCCUGGAUGCUCUAUGGCGUCAUCUACAGGACUUGUCUCGGGCUCUAUGUGCGAGGGCCCCAUUGAUACUCUAUGCUAUGGGAUGUGGCCCCUAGAGUCUGUAUGGGACAUGGGAUGGAGCCCCUGAAAACUCUCUGGACUAAUCUGUAGGACAUGGACUGGGGCCCCUGGAUACUCUGUAGGACAUGGACUGGGGCCCCUGGAUACUCUGUAGGACAUGGACUGGGGCCCCUGGAUACUCUGUAGGACAUGGACUGGGGCCCCUGGAUACUCUAUGGCAUUGGGGCUUUGUGGACUAAUCUGCAGGACUUGUUCAGGGCCCCCAGAUACUCUUACUGAUGUCUACAAAUCCUGGACCUCCAGCUGUUGCAAAACUACAACUCCCAGCCUGCCCGGACAGCCAGCGGCUGUCCGGGCAUGCUGGGAGUUAUAGUUUUGCAGCAAAUGGAGGUCCAUAGUCCCAAUAAAUCAUGCAGGAGCACCAUGAUCUGCAGGGACAAUUGAAGGGAGUUUCCUUUUUGUUGUUAUAUUUGCAUUUUUUUUUUUUUUUUUGCAUUUUGCAACAUAAACAGUUUGUUUUGUCGUCUUAUUAAAAUCUGUAUCGGAAAUUUUGUUUUCUCAUUGUUUCUUUGACAGAUCCCAUACACCAGGGAUCCCCAACAGGUGACUCUCCGGCUGUUGCAAAACUUCAUCUCCCAUUGUGCAGGUGGAGGAACACUGCCAUACACCUUCAGCAUCUUGACUGAGCACUUAUGUUCUACUUCUAAGGGGGUGUGAGCUGCUGCCAGACUCCUUCACUUUGGCUUAUCUAACCCGAUGAAGGGGGAAAAAAAAAAGGUAUCUGGCAGUUGAAAUCUAAAGGCCACACUAUCAAUUGCGUACUGAACCUACUUUUAUUGGUGGGACUGUCCAAUCGGUAAUAUGGAAGCCCCCGACAAAUGAUGACCCAGGCAUGUUGGUGUUCGUCUUAGUGAUCCUUAGGUUUUCAGGGAGAUCUCCCUUUUUUCCAUUCAGAACGCGUGAACAUUUAUGUAUAUGGGGGGGAUCUGGAGAGAGGCUAGAUUUACACCUAUAGCGCAGAUCUGCAUGGCCAACAUACCCGUACUGACUACUGCACAAUGGAUCCUGAUAGACCUCAUUGACUUAACCCCUCAAGGACACAGACCAUUUUCGUGUGUUUAGUUUUUUCCUUCUUGCCUUUUAAGAGCCCAUAUGUACAACCACCUUUUUU